UAGUCAUUCUGCAGAUUCAAAACCAAGCUUGUCUUUUCUUUUUUUCUUUUUUCUUUUGAACGAAUCCGAUGGGACUGACUGAUAAGGUCAACCGGCGGGGUUUUAUUUAGGCAUGCAGCUCCUCUGAUGUUCCCCAGCAGCUGUCGUGAACGUGGUUGAGCGCAUGUGUGUGCGCGCCUCCGGACUUCCCAACACUUGCCAUCGGACAGCUCCGUCUGAAAACCUCAGUCACCAUGACUCUCCAGUGGACAGCUGUUGCUUUCUUCCUGUACGCAGAAAUAGCAGUCAACCUCAUCUUGUGCAUCCCCUUCAUAUCAGCGCAGAGAUGGCGUUUGGUUUUCAGCUGGAGAAUAUGGAGCUGGUUAUCUCCAUAUUGGAACAAAUGCUUCUUCACCAUGAUAAUGGCCCUUAUUGUUCUUUUCCUCGAUGCUGUCCGUGAGGUGCAGAAGUACUCGGGUCCUGAACCCAUGCAAGAUGCUAAAGUGAACCCGAAUGUGUACGACCACGUUCACAUGAAGCUGUUCAGAGCCCAGAGGAACCUCUACAUAUGUGGCUUCUCUCUCUUUCUCUGGCUUAUCAUGCGUCGGGUUGUCACCUUACUAAACCAGGCUGCUGUCACCUUGGAGAACAGCGCAGGUCUUCAGGCGCAGAUGGACGGCGCUGUCAAAGCAGCCAAGCAGCACCAGGAGGACAACUUGAUGCUCAAACAAGCUCUCUUGGAAGAGGAAAAAUCCAUGUCAGCGAAAAACCAGCAGCUGAAGCUGGAGGUUGAAAAGCUGGCAGGUCAGCUAAAGGCUGCCGAGGACGUUGUGCAGAAGUCUCGUGCUGAAGUGGAAGCAAUGCGGAGGCAGGCCAAAGGUCUGGCACACGAGUACGACAGACUGCUGAGGGAACACCAUCAGCUGCAGAAUCUUCAGAGUGCAGAAGACAAGAAGGAUCAGUAAACACUGGGAUACAAUACAAACAUGUUGUUUUUGCUCCCUUCAGAGAUACGUUUUCUUCUUAUUUUAGUGAGACUGUGGACAUUUUAUUUUAUUUUUUUAAUAGAUGUGAUUAGAAAAAGUUGUAGUCUACACUCUAUUGGGCAAACAAUAAUGUGUAAAUGGUUAGUGAACUGAACUCUGUUUCAUGAGCACACAUUGUGUCUUUUUGUAUGUUUUUGUAAUAACAAUUAAAAGUCUCUGAAUGAAUGGGAAACAUUA